CUCUACCGGAGUGCAAAAUAGUUUAUGUAAAAAAACAACGCGAACCGAACGAAAUUUCUACACAUUAUCCCCGAAACGAAAAGGUGCAGACAAACGCGUGUCUAACCCACUUAGAACUCCAAUAGUUGUAGGGCAUCAACAGACGAGGAAAUAGCGCGGAUCGCCCGAGACUCAACCGAAAUAGGACGAGUGUCGUCACGUCCGUUAACGCAAGAUGAGUGAGAACAUGGCCUCAAGGAAUCCGGUAUCGACCGACGGUGGAGCAAAGGGUGGUACGGGCGCGGCCGGAGGUAGCAGUGCCCAUCUGAUGCCAGGGGGCGGUGCUGGUGCCGGUGGAAUGAGCGGAGGUCUCCAGCACGAGGGCAGCACGGAGGAUAUCGAGCGCCAGCUGGCCGAUCUCGCACAGUACAGUGACUCGGACUCGGAAUCGCUAGAAGAGCUGGACGAGUGUGAAAACAUCGAAGUGGCUGACCGCGCCGGUGCUGGGCACGCCGACCCUGCCCUCGACGUUACCGUGCGCUACACGAUCUGUCUGUUCUGCAAGAAACCGUUCCAGCUGAAAAAGGAACUCAAGAAGCACCUGUUCGAGCACAUGAAAAAUCUGAAACCGAUGAAGGAGAAGAAGAUCGUGGAGAAGAAGUUCAAAUGUCACAAGUGCUUCAAGACCUACACAGAGAAGGCGCGGGCCGAGAAGCACAUGACGAAGUGCAAGAAGGUAUCGAAGCUGCUGCUGGACAUGAGCAAUACGGGCGACGGGCGGAUACUCGGAGGCAGCGAGUACGAGGCCGCGGUCAGCGAGAGGAGCAACAAGAGCAGCAUGAAGAGCGGGGGCAAGUUCCGUGAACCUACCUCACCCCGGUCGCUCGUGUUCGAUCCGGACGCGUGCUCGGACAGUGACGAACGUUGGGCGAACGAACGGCGGGAACGCAAUCAGGUGGUGCACUUCGACGAGCGAACAACCAAGGGUGGCAAUGGGGGUGGCGGCGGAGGUGGAGGUGGGGCCGGCACGGGCAGCUCGGAUGAAUCGCCUACCUCGCCCGGUGCCGGAGGACUCUUUCAGAAAUGCUCGUAGAGCCCAAGUUCCCGGGUAAAACACGACUUCGCGGACAUCGUGGAACCAUAAAGGUGUUAUAUCCCUGUGCACCAAGAAAUGCUAGGUCCUGUAUGUGUGUGUGUGUGCGUGUGCGGUGUGUGUGCGCGCUCGUGUGUAUUUUUGUGCGUGUGUAUGUGCGUGCGUGUGGUUUAGCUUCCCGGAGAACUAACGUACAACAUGGUAUCAUCGUGUUCCUUAGUUAUGUGGGCUUGUCCAAAAAGGGCGACCCGUUUUUGCUGUGAAUCAGUCUGCGUGAGAAACGAGGACAACUAUGGGGCGCUAUCAGGACUCUAUUAAAUUAUUCUACAGUUUCUCUUUCACAUCGUAAAAACGCUGACGGCGGAAAAAAAUCAACAGUUAGUAUUUCACCUUUAAAAUGUUACAACAUCAUUGGAGCACAUUGCAUUCAUUUUUUAAUACGUUUUUAGUUUGUGCCGCGCAACUGCAGCCAAAAACGAUGCGCAGAGGAAUGAAUUUGAGUCAUAAUGCAACCAAGCGGCAUCAACAAACCAACGAUGGGCAUGGGAUUUACAUCCUGAUGUCCGUCCGUGUCCCACCCGUAACGAGGGGAAAGUCAUGCCAAAACGAGCACAACAAAUCGUCGUCGAUAACGUUUCCACUUCAUGGUGACGGAAGAUGAGUAAUCUGUUGCAACAAGUAUAACUUAUUUUUAUUACAUUCUCACAACACCCUUCAAGGUCCCGAUUGUGUCGAUGGAUACAGGCACACAUACACGCGAAACACAAAAAAGUUAAAGCAAACAUUAUUGUAAUCAUUAUUUAAAUGUCAAGCAUUGUGAUACUUGCCACAUACAAUUAAUUACAUUUCCUAUCUACUCUGACAUACAUACCAUCUUUUGUAUAUAGUUAUUAUUAUAUAUCCCUCGAUGAGUGUAUACAAAAUUGCGAUACCUUUUUUGGGAUUGAAAUGUUAGCCAGCUGCUUCUAGCAUGAGUGCGCGUCGAUAAGUAUUCUUGGAAAAGACCAAUCUCGGUCUUCUCAUUGUCCAACAAAUGGCAUCUUACCGCUUCGAUUUUUCCACAUCAUUCGCCUCGCUUGCAUUCAUGAAUUUCAAAUCAUCUACAGGCAUUGGAAUUUUGUAUUUUUCUUUGUUGUUAAAGAAUGCAGUUUCGACCGGUAAAAUUAUUGUUUCGUUUUCACCCAAUACGCCAUAGAUGCCAAGCUCAGGGCCUAGUUGAACCGACGUGUUGUCAGCAAACGUUAGCGUAUAUUUUAAAGUGUGGUAGUACAUUUCUAGUUCCUAGUUUAUCCACAACAAUUUGGUGCUUUUCGAAUUUUCCCUUGUCGUCAGGUCAGGUUUCCACACUCUCUAAGCACAAAAUCCCACUAGCUGAUUUGGAUGUUUAAGUUCAUUGUUCAGUAAACAAUCCCGAACAAAGCUUUUUUUGAUGUGUUAGUUUUUCGCAAUCGGUAUUUUAUGAGAAAUAUAAAUCCACAAGCAAAACCAAGCUUUCCAUAACCAUAAUCAAUCUAUCUAGCGAGCGUAUAGCGUAUAAUCGUCUCAGAAUCCUCCUAACGAAAACAAUGCAAACAAACAAGAAUAAUUAACAAACACGAAGAAAGCUCAUCGUAUGCCAGCGAGAAAAAUCGUUUCGACAGACAGAAACAAUACAUGUAGGUAGCUAUCGUGAAUUCCCAGUUGGUACUAGUCGAACGGAAGCGAAUUGAGAAACGGAGAAGAUGAUAAAGGAAAACACACACAAAUAAAAGCACUUAUAAGCAUCGAUGGACAGCAGACAACAUAAUCAGCAUCUUAUCUACUUUACAAUUCUUCCUGGGUGCAUUACCACAGCAUAGUCGAGGAAUCUGUUGUGUAAGCUCGAAUAAAAGAUCAGAAAUGCAUCGAAUAAAGUGAUUUGGAACGACAAGGUACUUCCCGGGCAAAGAAGGAGGGCUCCUUCGAUGUCCAUUUGUAUUGCAAAAAUUGUGACGAGAAUCAGGAGCCUAGAACUUUUAUGGCAGGAAAAGAAACAAUCGUUGACUGCUAGACUUUUCGAACCCUAAGGGCUCGAGCAAAUGUCCAUGCAAACAAAUGGCAGUAGGAACCGACUCUGAAACCAUUCGAAUGUGUAGCGUGGGAUGCAUGAAGGAGCUGAAUUAUGUAUGACUAUACAAUAAUAUAAUUAUAGUACUAUACCGUUAAUCCCCCUUUUUCCCCCCUCUAUGCGAUAUCAAUGCUGUGUGAGAUAAAAAUAUCAAUCAAUGAAAGGCAACAUGCUGAACAAUAUAGGAGCAGAAACUAUCAAACAAACAAAAGACUUGUCGUUCGUAGUGAGUAAUUUCAAAUGUUUGUAAUAAAAGGAAGCAAAAUAAUUCGAUAACCAUUUAAAAUAAAACUGCAUCAAAAACGGAUCGAACGAACUUAUAGGCAAGAAUAAAAGGCAUGAAUGCAUCAGGACAUGAAACGAGUUGUGGCGUGGGGGUACAAAAACUGGAAAAAAAGCAACUGCAACAAAACUGGAUAACUGGUGUUAUCGUGCAUGUUGUGAUGAACUUCUUUCUUCUUAGAAAAAGAAAAUGCCAUCGGGAGCGCAUCCUCACUGAUGCCUUGUUGCAUGGUUCUUAUGUGUGCAAGUUAAUGGAUGUCUACGUGUUUGCAUAGAAUGCAAAUAUUGCAUCAACUACAGUAUUCGCAAUCUAUCUAUUCUUAUUUGUAUACGAGUCGGUCUGCACUAGAUCUCAGUUUAUAUCCUUUCGAAGCUUGCAAAGCUAUAUCAUCAAGUUUUUGUGGCACACAUUUGGUAGGAUAAAACAGAAACACAUUUUUGGCGUCUUCGUAGAACAAAAGUGUCAGGCAACUGAUAACUGAUAAAACAAUCAGCAGCAACUCUAAAGGCCAAAGAAAAAAAAAACAUAAAAGUAAAAGUUGUCCACUAAAUAUUGUACUAACCGGUUGUGUUUAAAACCAUCCCUUCAUUGCACUGGUUCUAAACUUAUUUUGAAAAUUCAUUUAAAAAUAUGUUUUAUGCCAUGCCCUUCGCAAAAAAUAUCUAAGUUGUUUCACUCAUAAUUUUAUUGUUUUUUUCUGUAAUUGCUUUGAAGCAUAGUUGUGCAAAGGUGAACUUCUUUUUGCCCUUCAACUCUAGUGUUCUGUUCUACCAAGGACGCAUUUUCCAACUCAAUUUUUUUUUAACAAAUUCAGUUGGAUGUGCGUGUACGCGUAUGUGUGUUUAGCUAGUAAGCCGAAGCCACCUAGGAUGCAGAAUCAAAAAUAUAUAGUGGCUUUCGAAAAAUGUGGGCGUGAAUAUAUUUAGAGGAUUUAAUGAAAUAAAAUAAAUAAAAUGGUGAGUUCAGGAUCCAUUUUGUGUGUGCGUGAGUGUAUGCGUGGUAGUCAAACGUGGAGUUGAAAAAUGGAAGAACACAGGAAUGUGAACAAGGGAAACGUGGAAAUGGCUCGGAUUAGUUGCGGGAAUUUAUGAGAUAUUGUUGAAGAUGUAAUGAGGAUUUUGGAAAAUAAAUAUAUAUAUAGUACAUUAGGGCCGGUAAGCAGUAAGAAUAUUAUACAGCAAAGAUAAGCAAAUCAAUAAAUAAAGAUAUAAUGGCGACGGCCGUGGUUGGGAAAUUGGAAUGAUUGAAGCCGUGUUCCGAUGACACAAUAGGUUAGGUGCGCGAGAGCUGGGGCAAUGAGGUGAAAUAAAAUAAUUUAUAAAUAUCACGGAAGCCCACGGACACACUCCAUACAGAUCCACACAAAACGUAUUCUAUUUAAUGUGCAACAACUUUUCUCGAAUGAAUU